AUGCUGGGGAAUAGAUCUAGAGCAGUGAGCAGUAAACAAGGUGUCAUGGGUCCUCCAAGAUUCUUCAAUGGAAUUUUAACGAAAGCUAUGUUUGAUGCAGAAAGUUUAAGCAGCCCAAAAUCAAUUCUUGAUUACCAAAAUUCACCAAGUUUUCACAACCCAUUUGGUUAUCAUAAAAACCUGUCAAAACCCACAAAUCAUUUUCCAGAAAUCAGUAGUAAAUUGGAGUCGCAAGGGAUUGGGCUUGCCCUAAUUGACUCUAUCAAUUAUCAAGAAAAUGUUUGUAAGCCAAUUAGCAGAAUGAAUUUGUUUGGAGUAAAACUUAAUGUAAAAAUUCCUUCUGAUCAUCAUAUUCAUCCCUCUGCACCACCUCCAUCUGAAUCUUCCAAUUCUCCCGCUGAUUUCGGAAUUAAUACUAACUGUCCAGCUUUAAGCCCAUUUCCCCUACCUUCUCCAGCUGAAUCGCCCAAAUCUGCAGCUGGUUUGGGAAUCAAGACUCGAAACUCUCCAGUUUUAUGUCCAUUGCCUCCACAUUCUCCAGCUGAAUCCCCAAAAUCUCCGGCUGAUUUCGGAAUCAAGACUCGAAUUUCUCCUAUUUCAAAUAAUCUUGGACAGGGCAAAGACAUUUACAUGUACAGGGGUGAGAAAGCCUUUUGUAGCCAUGAAUGCCGCUGCCAAGAAAUGUUUUCUGAGGAAAUGAAGAAUCCUGAGCUGAAUAAUUCUUUUUAG